GCGCCCGCGUCCUCGCCAGCAGCGCCGGCGGCCGAUCGGAAAGCGGCACCCGCGUCUGCAGCGGCACCGGGUCGGAGCGCGCAGCGCGGGGCGGUGGCGGCAGCAGGGGUCCGGGCCCGGGCGGGUACUGGGGGUCCUGGCAUGGCGCUGUGGAGAGGCGGCGGGGCGCUGGGGCUGCUGCUGCUUAGCGCCGCGUGCCUCAUCCCGCCGAGCGCGCAGGUGAGGCGGUUGGCGCGCUGCCCCGCCACUUGCAGCUGUACCAAGGAGUCCAUCAUCUGCGUGGGUUCCUCCUGGGUGCCCAGGAUCGUGCCUGGCGACAUCAGCUCCCUGAGCCUAGUCAAUGGAACCUUUUUGGAAAUCAAGGACCGGAUGUUUUCCCAUCUGCCUUCCCUGCAGCUGCUACUGCUGAAUUCUAACUCAUUCACGGUGAUCCGCGACGAUGCCUUUGCCGGCCUCUUUCAUCUGGAAUACCUGUUCAUUGAAGGGAACAAAAUAGAAACCAUUUCAAGAAAUGCCUUUCGGGGCCUCCGUGACCUGACUCACCUUUCUUUGGCCAACAACCACAUCAAAGCACUUCCGAGGGACGUCUUUAGUGAUCUAGAUUCUCUGAUUGAACUAGAUUUAAGGGGUAAUAAGUUUGAAUGUGACUGCAAAGCCAAAUGGUUGUAUCUAUGGCUGAAGAUGACGAAUUCCACUGUGUCUGAUGUGCUGUGCAUCGGUCCACCAGAGUACCAGGAGAAGAAGCUCAACGAUGUGACCAGCUUCGACUAUGAGUGUACCACCACAGACUUCGUCGUUCAUCAGACUCUGCCCUACCAGUCCGUGUCAGUAGACACGUUCAACUCCAAGAAUGAUGUGUACGUGGCCAUCGCUCAGCCCAGCAUGGAGAACUGCAUGGUCUUGGAGUGGGACCACAUAGAAAUGAAUUUCCGGAGUUAUGACAAUAUCACAGGCCAGUCCAUCGUGGGCUGCAAGGCCAUCCUCAUCGAUGACCAGGUCUUUGUGGUGGUGGCCCAGCUCUUCGGCGGCUCUCACAUUUACAAAUACGAUGAGAGCUGGACCAAGUUUGUCAAAUUCCAAGACAUAGAAGUGUCUCGGAUUUCCAAGCCCAACGACAUCGAGCUGUUUGAGAUCGACGACGAGACGUUCUUCAUCAUUGCUGACAGCUCGAAAGCCGGCCUGUCCACGGUUUACAAAUGGAACAGCAAAGGGUUCUACUCGUACCAGUCUCUGCAUGAGUGGUUCAGAGACACGGAUGCAGAGUUUGUAGACAUCGAUGGGAAGUCACACCUCAUCCUGUCCAGCCGCUCCCAGGUCCCCAUCAUCCUGCAGUGGAACAAAAGCUCAAAGAAGUUUGUCCCCCAUGGUGACAUCCCCAACAUGGAGGAUGUCCUGGCUGUGAAGAGCUUCCGGAUGCAGAAUGCCCUCUACCUUUCGCUUACCCGUUUCAUUGGGGACUCCAGGGUCAUGCGGUGGAACAGUAAGCAGUUUGUGGAGGUUCAGGCUCUUCCGUCCCGGGGGGCCAUGACCUUGCAGCCCUUCUCCUUCAAAGAUAACCACUACCUGGCCCUAGGGAGCGACUACACCUUCUCACAGAUAUACCAGUGGGAUAAAGAGAAACAGCAGUUUAAAAAGUUUAAAGAAAUCUAUGUGCAGGCUCCCCGGUCUUUCACAGCCGUCUCCACCGACAGGAGAGAUUUCUUUUUUGCAUCCAGUUUCAAAGGGAAGACAAAGAUUUUUGAACAUAUCAUUGUUGAUUUAAGUUUGUGAAAGGUGUGAUUUCAAAGAUGUGUAGUGUUAGCUCUCGCAAGAGAGAAAGGGGACCAAGAAGAAAUAAAAUUAAAAAAAAAAUCGUAAAAUAAGCCAGGCUCAGAGCUCUGAAAUUAAAAUUCAUAAUUCACUGGGGAAGUAGUUAGACAUUUUCAAACUUUUAGGAUUCACAUUUUAACCAGGGAUUGCAUUUUUUUUUCUUUUUUGGCUGAUUGCAUGACAGGCCCGUGCUGCUGUUUAAAUAUGACAUCUUAAAGCCUGUAAUUUCUGAGAAAAGAGCGCAGCAUCUUACCAUCUAGCAAACAGCGUGCUACUACUUUAUUUUCAAUGAGAAAGGAGAACACUGAGCAAGAAGGGCCAGCCCUUUUAGUGAAAUACAAAACCAAAACGCCCCCACCCCACUAAGCCCACAGACCUGCCUCGUCCCAUCUUCGCAAUCUUUCAGCUAAGAGCUGUAAAGCCAAAGUGAGCUGAAAAGAUUUGCUGAUCAUCUGUUUGAACAUCUCAGAACACUUCGCAGUGCUAUUCUGAGCCAUCCCAGUUUCCUGAAAGUCAGGGCCAGUCUUCUGGCAUCUUCCUUGGAGCAGAACCUUGGCUCUGCCCUCGUUUGGAUUGAUCCCCCUCACGGAGUGUAUUCCCUGGUUAAUAUUUGAUAUCGCUUCCUCUGCCACAGAGAAAAUAUUCUGGUGACACAUGCCUAGGCCAGCAUGGACUGUGGGUCCAGCAGCAGCAAGGUAAAGGGGUUUCCCCCUGUUUUGUUUUCUUUUUCUUUUUUUUUUUUUUUUUUUUUUGUGGUUCAAAGGUGACCCUCGAGGUGGCUGGAGCAAUCAUAUGUGUCUGAUGUGCGCUGUUGCUCACUUGCAUCUCUGAGCCCAUCCUUUUAGUCUGUGGGUAACUGGCAGCCGGGCCAAAGGCUGAGCGGUGCUUUUCAUCUGUCCUUUGGAGGGAUGGAACAGGUGUUUCCAUCCACUGUGCGCUGGGGAGGGCUUUUGAAGUGAGAUUGUACGGAGUCAGAGGGGACUUUACUCAGAUCUGGAUGCUCUUUGAGGCUCAGAGGGGGCCCUUUGAUUGAUGCAUGUCUUUGCCCUCUGGACGACUUAAUAUUUCAAGUAAUUGGUUGAAUGGAAACCUGCCUCCCUGCCCACCUGCCUCCCUUGCUCCUGGAACAAGGCUUUGUUGAGUCGCAGCGAUGACAGUGGCUGGCUUGUGCAACCCUGCUGCAGUUUCUGCAUGUGCAAACGUCGAAAUCCCAGGGUGGCUGCUGUCGACAGAGGCACACCUCCCUCUUCCAGCACACUAGGCAAAGGAAGCUUGGCCAUGUGCUAGUGGUGGGGCAUCCGGUAGAGCGUCAGGACAGACCAGCAUCUCAUAGUCCGUGUCUGUGCUCAGGACCAGGUGGGCUAUUUCGAAUCAGGCCUCCCCAUGGGGACAGCAGGGAGGCUCUUGGGGGUCUGGUUUUAUCGGUAGUUUCAUGGUGGAUUUCUAAGUAGCUGGUUCUCUCUGAGGAUAUAAAGCAGAUGCUUUUUUAGGGGAGCCCUUUGCAGAGUAACCCACUGCAUCCCUUCCAGCCAUGAAGGUGGCAUAAUCCCACUGCAGUGUGCUGUGGAGUUCGAACCCUCAUCACCACCCUGUAGAUAGGUAGAGGGGUGUCUGAAAUGUGAUUGUGUCUGUUCUUCUCUAAGCGGCGGGGACUGAGCGAUAGAUACACCACACUGGAGAGCUCUGCAUGGGUGGUAAGCAGCGCUCCUGGCUGCUCUUUCCAGCCUAGGGGACCAAGGACUUUAAUGAACCCUGUCACUCACACUCUCUAGUGUGGUUGCUUGGAACUUUGGUGCUAAAUGCCAAGCAAACAGAAUGAGUGGUCUGCUUUAACUUUCUAAGCAUAAGUGACUCAUUCUUUGCAUUCUUUUGUCUUCUGGGUUCAUUUGAAUUGACCACGAGUUCCCAGCUCUCCAUGUUGGAGACUUAAGGUAUGAGGCUUCUGCUCUUCCUUCCCCUGGAGAACAGGUGAGCCAUGCCCCCCCCCCCCAGGCAUUGGUCCCCCAGACAGGCUAGUAGCACUGACGUUCUGUUUCCUGCUGCUCAGAGAGGAACCCACAGGGGCAUCUUUGAGGGUGCUGCCUCCACAGAGCCUCACACGGCCAUUGUGUAGAGUUUGGAAAGUCACACUACACGGGGGUUUGAGCUUGGGAUGGGGGCUUUGUUACACCCAGAAGAAACAUUUGAGUAACCGCAAGGGCCCAUAGUAGGUGGUGGGCUGGGGUGUGAGAGGGCUGGCCGUCCUCUCUGCUACAGUCAAGGUUCCUUGUCCCUUUAAAUUAAGUUUAUACAAGAGUCUGCAGUCUUCUGCCUUCUGUGCUGUGCGGGGAGAUAUUUGUUCUGGCCAAAACGCAGCGAAGGAGCAGAGACGUUCUUGGCAUAAGGUGGGGGAGCUUUGCUUCAUUAAUCUUACUGCUCUCUCCCAAGAAUCCCUGAAGUUUUAAGCAAUUUCUGCAAAAGGCUUUCUUCCAGUAAUGAUGUAAAAUAACACAACCCACCCACACAACCAUGACAAAAAGCCCAAGGCAGAGGAAAGCAUAGGACUGCCCAGCCGAGGGGGAUUGCCCCUCCCUUUCUCUCUUCUCCCCUCCCCCUCCUUCUCUUCCCAUCACCCAUCACCCAUACAUUGUUACCUUCUCAGCUUGCCCUUUGUCAUCUCUGCACCUGGGUUCCUAGUCUUCUCAGCUUGCCCUUUGUCAUCUCUGCACCUGGGUUCCUAGGCUGAUCCCACCAGUCAGUAGUCAUGUGACUUUAAGGCCGUAACCUGAAAGCGAGGGUUAGUCCUCAGACUCUGUAGGAUCAGUCAUAGAUCUCUAUAAAGAUGAAAAAUAAACCUUCGGGCUGACAAGGGCUUUGUUCUUGGGCUGUGGAUAGGAUCAGCUCGCAUCCCGGAUACUUUGUGUCCCUGCUCUAUGUAUCUGUGUUCCUCUCAUGUGUCAUGUGUCUCUGGUUUACGGAGGGCAGGUGUUACUCUAAUUUCAGAGAGAAGGGAAUAGACACAGAGCCCAAGUGGAUGGCCUGCCUGCCAUUAGCCAGUUAUAAGCAGCAAAGCUAGAACUUUCCCUUGGACAGCGGGUGUCGCAUCUUCUCUCUCUCUCACUAAUGCUCUGCUGUGCCCACCCAAAGACAGACACUGUUGCCGUGACAGUGAAGACAGCGGUUCUUGUAGGUUAAAGUAAAAGCAGACAAGCAGGACGAAGAGCCAGAAGAAAAGUCCUGCCUGACAGACGCCAUUCAACCAUCAGUAACACUGAACAAUUGGCAAACACCCCAGAACUGUGUGACAUGCCCGGCCAUGCUCGAGAAAGCCUUCCGGAAACGUCGGAUAGCUUCAGUUGUCUGGAGAGGAUUUCUAGCAGGCACGGCUGUAACUCCUCCCACUUAGCCAUGGGAGGAGUGGUGAGGCUGGACACAUCUGGUUCUUGUCACGAUGUCCACCAGAUGAGAUGAGUUCUGUGAGAGAGAAAUUAAAAACCCAAAUGCGGGAGCAAUGAUGAAUUGUUCUGGGGCCCUCUCUGGCCUUUGGGGAGCUCACGGAGAGCAACAGUGUUGUGCUCUUCUUUCUGAGGAGUGAGGCUGCAUGUUUUUAGGAAAGAAAUCAGUGUGAGAUGCUGGAAGUUGAGCCGCCAGGGGUGCUCACGAUGGAUGUCUGUGGGAGGGGCUCCUGUUUGCAUGCCACCUAAAAGGAAGCCUCUAGCCAGCUUCCAGAUCCUUCUGCAGAAGAACCAGGCCUUGUGUGAAGCUUGGAAAGGAAGUUACCUCAUUAGACAGUGCCCAGGGUUUUGUCGGACAGUGCGCUGGAGCAGAAUCAGCAGUCUACCAGUAGAUGCAGUGAACAAGGUGGUUCAGAUCCAGGGCACCAUGGAAAAAGGGGGAGAAGUGCAGGGCAGAUGGCUACAGAGCAAAUGCAUUGGGGAGAGUGGGAACAAGCUUGAAAGGAAAGAGUAAUCACAAUUUCUGUUGCCUUAGCGGAGGGUAGAAUGACCAGGCAAAUCAGCAGCACACCAAUAAUUGAACAGCGUCCGUUGUGAUGCUGAUUCAAACAACAAGGACAUCACCAGGCCUCUGAGCUCUCAGCUGAGGCACUCUGCCCCCUUACCCUGUCUCAUCGCUUGCGCCAGCAGCCACCUUUCUAGUAGGAAACUAUGCAUUCCCUGUCCAGCCCCUUGACUAUCAGGAAUGUAUGAGAACUGUGAUAAAAUAGGCCAAUAUGCCAUUUGGUACUGUUUUUAUGUAUUUUAAAUGUACAACUUAGGCGAAACAAUACUUUCUAUGUGGACGGAAGUAAGUUUUACAGCAGACAAUGAUGGAUGUGUUUUCAAGCUCUGGAUAUACUUAGCUCUUUUUGGAAAAUAGAUUCAACACAUGAUAUGCCUCUUAAUUCUAUAUAUUCUGUAAU